AUGCUCUGCGUUCCGCUGCUGCUCACUGGGCUCAGUGGGCUCCAGGAAGGCGUCGAUUCUGAAAGACUACGUGAGCAAAUUACAAUUCCAGAGAAGAUACGGUCACUGUAUAGUGAAGGAUUUGUAUCACAUGUGUCCUACAACAUUGUAAUUGAAGGGAGAACAUAUACUGUGAACCUAAUGCAGCGUUUUUGCCACUACCAAGGGUAUACUAAAGGUUAUCCAAAGUCUGUGGUGACCAUUAGCACAUGUGCUGGACUGGGCUUAAUACAGUUUGAAAAUACAAGUUAUAGAAUUGAGCCCUUGGAGCCUUCAACUGGUUUUGAACACAUAAUUUAUCAAGUUAAACCUAAGAGUGCAGGCAUUUCUUUAUAUACAGAGAAGGAUGCUGAGUCAAGAGAAGUGCCCUAUAUACAAAGCAUAGAGCCUUUUACAGAGUUAACUCAGUAUUUAGAAAUGCAUGUUGUAGUCAAAAAAAAUAUGUGUACUCAUAUGGGUUCUGAUUCAGGUGUUGUUAUUCAAAAAAUCUUCCAGUUGAUGAGAUUGACUAAUGCUAUUUUUUCUUCAUUUAAUAUUAGAAUAAUUCUAUCUUCAUUGGAGCUUUGGAGAAAUGUAAAUAUAAUUACAGUAACCAGAGAUGCUAAUGACUUAUUACACAGAUCAAAAUGGAAAAGAUCAUAUCUUGUUUUGCGUUCACACAAUGUAGCAUUUUUACUUGUUUACAGAGAAAAAUCAAAGUGUGUUGGUACAACCUUUCAAGGGAAGAGGUGUGACAAUCAGUAUGGAGGAGGUGUUGCUCUGUAUCCCGGAAGCUUAAAUCUGGAAUCACUUGCAGUUAUUAUGGCUCAACUGCUGAGCGUCAGUAUGGGAAUAGCUUAUGAUGACAUUAACAAAUGCCAGUGCUCAGGAGCUAUCUGCAUAAUGAACCCAGAAGUGAUUCAUUCCACUGGUGUGAAGAGCUUUAGUAACUGCAGCAUGGAGGAUUUUGCACAUUUUAUUUCAAAGCCAAGUUCCCAGUGUCUUCGAAAUCAGCCACGCUCAGAUCCACCAUACAAAGCUGCCGUCUGUGGCAACAGGGAAGUAGAACAAUGAGAGCAAUGCGACUGUGGGAGUGAGGAGGACUGUGCUUCUUUGCCAGCCUUGUGCUGUGAUUCCAAGACGUGUACACUGACAGUAGGUUCAGUCUGCGCCUCAGGACCAUGCUGUACAGGCUGUCAGUACGCACAGAAAGGAAAAGAAUGUAGGUCUGCCUCUGGUGAAGGUGAUCUCCCUGAAUACUACAACGGAUCCUCUGCCUCAUGUCCAGCAAACCUUUUUGUCCAGGAUGGCCAUCCGUGUGGAGAGAAUCAGUGGCUCUGUGUCAGUGGGCUCUGUGUCAGCAGCACAACACAAUGCCAGGAUACAUUUGGUGAAGGUUCAACUUUUGGUCCUCCAGAGUGCUAAUCUGUCCUUACUCAUU